AUGGCGAGAAUAACUCGCCUAACUGGCACUCAAACCCCCUUCCGUUUCAUCUUUUCGUCCGUCGCCAGGUAUUUCUCGUCUUUCGGUGGGAUCCGUCGCGGAAUGGCAGCAACAACGAGCGGGGUCACCCGGUUCGACUUCCUGGUGGUCGGCGGCGGUUCCGGAGGUCUGGCGGGGGCAAGGAGGGCGGCCGAACUGGGCGCAAACGCCGCCGUGAUCGAGAGUUAUAAACUCGGAGGUACCUGCGUCAACGUUGGCUGUGUCCCAAAGAAAGUCAUGUGGAAUGCGGCAGUACAUGCUGAGUUUCUCCACGACCACACUGAUUACGGCUUUGACGUGAAAAAUGUUCACUUCAGUUGGGAAACACUGAAAGCAAAAAGGGAUGCAUACAUCAGUCGCCUGAAUAAAAUUUACCGCAACAAUCUCGACAAGGCAAACAUCCAAACCAUUGAAGGUCAUGCCAGGUUCACUAGCGAUGCUGAGCCAACACUGGAGGUCAAUGGCAGGAAGUACACAGCGCCUCACAUCCUCAUCGCCACUGGGGGGCAGCCAUUUGUACUGUCUGAUGCUGAGGUUCCAGGAGCAAGUCUGGGCAUUACCAGUGAUGGCUUUUUUGAACUUGAAAGUCUCCCAAAACGUAGUGUUGUCGUGGGUGCUGGUUACAUUGCUGUUGAGAUGGCGGGCAUCCUCAACAACCUUGGUUCUAAAACCUCCCUCAUCAUACGGCAGAAUGAGGUUUUGAGGACUUUUGACAGCUUCAUAAGCACAAACUGCACCAAAGAGCUGCAGAACUCUGGUGUGGACUUGCGGAAGAACUCUCAGGUGACGUCGGUGCGCAAAACCGACUCCGGGUUGGAGGUGACGGUCGUCACCAAAGGUGAGGAGGAGAGCAGCAUUAUUUCUGAGGUGGACUGUGUCCUGUGGGCCAUCGGCAGGAAGCCCAACAUUGCUGGCUUAAAUAUUGGCGAGAUGGGAUUAGACACAGAUGAACAAGGGCACAUUGUGGUGGAUGAGUACCAAAACACCACUCGACGGGGAAUCUACGCUGUCGGAGAUGUUUGCGGCAGAGCUCUUCUCACACCUGUUGCCAUCGCUGCUGCCAGAAAGCUGGCGCACAGGCUGUUUGAGGGCAAGAAGGAUUCUAAGUUGGACUACUCCAACAUUCCGACGGUGGUGUUCAGCCACCCACCCAUCGGCACAGUGGGCCUCACAGAAGAGGAAGCCAUAAUGAGCAGAGGCAAGGAGAAUGUGAAGAUCUACAAGACCACCUUCACGCCGCUAUAUCAUGCCAUCACAACCCGGAAGAGUCUGUGCAUCAUGAAGCUGGUUUGUGUGGGUGAAGAAGAGAAGGUGGUGGGUUUGCACAUGCAGGGUUUAGGCUGCGAUGAGAUACUCCAGGGCUUCGCUGUGGCCGUCAAGCUUGGCGCUACCAAAGCAGACUUUGAUAAGACUGUUGCCAUUCACCCUACUUCCGGUGAGGAACUUGUCACCAUGCGUUAA